GUAGUUUGUAAUUCAGGCGAUGAGGUGUCAGAUUCUUGUCCCGCCAAUCUUUCAGGUCAUCUCUCCCUUCACGGUGAUAUUUUAUCUCUGUCUCCUCUCCGCGAUGGUCUUUCAGAUCCUCCCCUUAAUGGCUCUGUUACCUCUGCUGCAAAUGAUACGGAUGGAACUACAGCUAAUGCUGAUCUGAAUGUACUUGCUACCGAUGGAGACUGCACACCAGAUGGUCUUUCCAACUCGAAUACUGCGACUACUUCAACUAGGCCACCUUCGGAAGCUUCCUCCGAUGUUCCAUCCACUGCGUCUAAGGUGCAUAUUUGGCUAUAA